GCAGCGUUUUGUUGGCAGAGAAGAUGCAUAUUAGCCGGCUUGAAAAGUCUCCUUGUUGCAAUUGUCGGAAUCGGAGAAUUGGUCGACGAAAAUGGGAAAGCAGCCGGUGAAAUUGAAGGCGGUGGUUUACGCGUUAUCGCCGUUUCAGCAGAAGAUCAUGACGGGUCUAUGGAAGGAUCUUCCGGAGAAGAUCCACCACAAGGUCUCAGAGAAUUGGAUCAGCACUAUUCUCCUCGUCGCUCCCGUCGUCGGAACCUACUCGUAUGCUCAGUACUUCAAAGAACAAGAGAAGCUGGAGCACAGGUUCUAAAGCAUGGAAAUAUCCUGAUUUUACAAGAAUCCAAUUCUUUCUUCACUUUUCAUUCUCCAAAAUGUGGUCAAUUGACAAUUUGUAAUUGUACACUCAUAGAAGCGGAAAAGUUGCUUCCUUUCAUUUUUUGUUGAAUAAAUUUGUAUUUGAAUUCAUGAACAUCACCCCCGAAGGUUUGAUCUCUAUAUUAGAAAAUCAAAUGCUGAAGGAA